AUGGACCAGCGCGCUCUGAUAAAAUAUUUACACAUUGGUAACAUCCACCGAAAGUCGUUUCAAGCGUUCGAAUGCAUUUCCCAGCCGCGACACCGAACUCCGUCACAACAUAUUGCCGACCAUCAGUUCUUCGCCGAACCAGGAACGAGAUUGAGAAGAAUGACUCUCGAUCCGAGCAGCUCGUCUAAAUCAAACCGCGCAAAGUAA